AUGGCUGCUGUAUAUGACUUCGUCAUCAUUGGCGGCGGCACGGCUGGCUUGGUGGUUGCUUCUCGGCUCAGCGAGGACCCCAGCACCUCCGUCUUGGUUCUCGAAGCAGGUGCCGACUUGACAGCAGACCCCCGCGUGAACAUUCCCAUAUUUUAUGCCGCACUACUUGAAUCCGAAGCUGAUUGGAAAUUUCAAUCUUCCCCUCAGUCGGGGCUCAAUGGCAGAGUGCUUGGUCUCAACCAGGGAAAAGCACUCGGAGGAUCCAGUUCUAUCAAUGCACACGUCUUUGUCCCUCCUUUCAAGGGAGCUAUUGAUUCGUGGGAGGCGCUCGGUAACCCCGGAUGGAACUGGAAUGUAUUAAAGGACUAUUUAUCCAAAGCCUACAGCAGUCCGGCUGUAGCACAGGAUGUCAAAGAAGACCUGGCAAUUGAGGACUGGCCUGGAUUAAAUGAAGCGAAAGGUCCGAUCCAAACAUCUUUUGGCAACGGCACGCACCCCAUUCGCAAGGCGUGGGCUGAAUUGUUCCGCAGCAAUGGGCAGUACAACGCCGGGGAUCCGUUCAUCCAUAGCUCUGUGGGAUCCUUCAGUUGCCUUGCUAGCAUCGACUCGGAGGGCAAGAGAAGCAACUCUGCCUCGGCCUACUAUAAGCCUAUUGAAAUUCGACAAAAUCUUCACGUUCUUACGAACUCAUUCGUCGAGAGAAUCCUGUUUGACGAAAGCAAGGCUCCCAAAGCCAUUGGAGUCCAAUACAGCCUCGAUGGUACCUCAAAGACUGCCCAGGCAACAAACGAGGUAAUCCUUGCAGCAGGCGCUUUUCAAUCUCCCAAAAUCCUUCAGAUUUCUGGAGUUGGUGGAGCGGAGCUUCUCGAGAAGCAUGGGAUUGAUAUAGUCAUGGAACUUCCUGGAGUUGGGCAUAAUCUUCAGGAUCAUAUGAUAUCGUACACCUCAUUUCAGGCAAAGAAUGAACUUGAGACUAAGGACUCUCUGGUCAGGCAGGAGCCUGAAGCCAUCGGCCAGGCAAUGCAAGAAUACACAGCCACGCAGUCUGGGCCCCUAGCUUCACUCGGAGUUCACACCUACGCUUAUUUGCCCCUUCCUUCACCGGACAGAAUUGCUCUACUGGAAUUAUUUACUGACCAUGCCCCCAAAGACCCACAAGAGCACAGGGCAACACGAGAAUACUAUGACAUCGCGAAAACUACCGUUCUUGAUCCCGAGCAACCAUCAGCUGCGUAUUUGUCCGCUAUGGGGCAGGCAAAUUAUGCCAAAGACCUCAAUAAUGGGAGUAUUCCAACUGCUUCGCUUGGAAAAUUCGUCACGCUUGGAGUAAUGCUCUCUCAGCCGCUCUCCCGCGGAAGCGUUAAUAUCGCUUCCAUCAAUCCUGAAACUCCUCCUAUCAUUGAUCCUAGUUAUAUGUCCAAUCCUCUCGAUCUUGAAGUUAUAGCGCGGCACCUGCUCGGUGUCAAAAACUUAGCACAGUCACCUCAGCUUGGAAAGCUGCUCGAACAGCCACUCAAGUUCCGCGAUCCAGCUGCAGACUUCCAGGGAAACUUAGAAGCCGCAAAGAAGUACGCUCGGGACAAUUUGAUCUCUAUGUGGCAUUUCGCGGGGACCUGUUCCAUGCUGCCUCGCGAGAGAGACGGAGUAGUGGAUUCCAAUUUGAAGGUUUAUGGUAUCAAAAACCUGAGGGUUGUCGACGCGAGUGCUAUGCCGCUUAUAAGCACGGCCAAUCUGCAAGCGACUGUGUAUGCAUUUGCGGAAAGAGCAGCGGACCUUAUUAAGCAGGACUGGAAAGACGAGUAA